GCCGUCCCCUCGCGGCGCGUUAUCUCUCCGUUGGGCCGCGCGAAGAGACAAGACAAGGCAACGAAGCAAGAAAGCAAUCUAUUCCAACCACACUAGCCCAGUCGACUGCACCACUCACAAGCUCCCGUCCGUCGUGUGCAUAACUCGCCCACACACCUCCCUUACAGCCUGGAGUGGGGGGAAAGACAAUAAUACCGAAUAAUCUAAAAGACUCCAACUCUACCAUCAACGAUGAUGUUCUCCGCGAGCGGCGUCCUCGCCACCGUUCUCGCACUCUCGCCGGCCGCCCUCGCCGCCUUCGACCAGAACCGGGGGGGCGCGGUGCUCAAGGCGCCGGCGGGCGCGUCGUUCGCGUCGGCGACGGGGACGUUCACGGUGCCGAGCCUGACGGGGACGAGCAAGCUGUCGAUCUGGGUGGCGAUCGGGGACACGCUGGAGCAGGACGUGGUGCUGAAGGGCGGGGUGACGUACACGGGGAGCGGGCUGACGACGUUCGCGGCGUGGGCGCCGGGGGCGGAGACGGCGCUGACGGGGCAGGUGCCCGUGCGCGGGGGCGACACGGUGACGGUGACGGUGGCGCGCUCGGCGACGGACCCGGGCGCGGGGACGGUGACGGUCGAGAACACGACGCAGAACCGCCGCGCGGCCCAGGCCGUCGCGGUCCCCGCCGCCGUCGCCGACCCCGCCGAGCUCCCCGCCGGCGCCGCCGACUGGUUCGUCCAGGCCUACCAGGACGCCGGCGAGCUCGUCCGCGUGCCCCGCUUCGGCACCGUCACCUUCACCCGCGCCGGCGCCACCCUCGCCAACGGCACCGCCGUCGGCCUCACCGGCGCCGGCACCUUCGAGAUCCAGGGCACCAGCGGCCAGAUCUACUCCCGCACCACCGUCACCGCAAACACCGUCACAGUCCGCCAGCAGUAGAGAGGGUCCUGCUGGAGGGGAGAGAUGGGGGAGAUGGGGACAGAAGAGAGAAGCAGUAGAGGGCCUAGCUGAGAAGGUUCGGGGGCAGCGAAGAGAGUUGGUUAAAACACAUGCUUUUUCUUUUCUUCGGAGACCCAAGUCGAGCGAGGAAAAUAGAUUGUAUAUCCGCAGACGUGCCUCCCUACUAUGUUUCAAAUCGCGUCAAGUAUCCUUAACUUGAGAAUUCACGACGGAGCUUUUGCAGUUACAUGGAUUUUCGAGACCAAUAUGCAGCCGAUGUGUCUUGUUUCCGCCGAGGACAUCGGAAGUGAUAAUAGCACCCGUAGCUCAA